AUGGAAGAGAUUAAAAAGGAAGAAAAUCAUCAAAAUGAAGAAUAUCACAAAAAUUCUCCAGAGUUCUAUUUAGUAUUGUCUAAUAUAUCAAAAAGACAAAACUUUGGGACUUUACUUAGAAGUGCAUGCGGAUUUGGAGUUUCUGAAGUACUAGUAGUAGGAGAAAAGAAAUUGAUGACUUUUGGAAAUAAAGGAACUCUUCCACAUUUAAGCUUAACACAAUAUGAGAAUAUUGAUCAGGUUGUUGAUAUUAUUAAAGAAAAAGAAAUGGAUUUGGUUGGAAUUGAAAUAAGUAGUGAGUCAAGACCUAUAUACCCUCAUCCUUUUAAAAGAUCCACUGCUUUUCUACUUGGUAAUGAAGGUACUGGACUUAAUCAAAAAUAUAUUAAUCUUUGUGAUUACUUAAUUCAUAUUCCUCUUUAUGGCAAUGGAACUGCAUCUUUAAAUGUUGCUAUAGCUGGAUCAAUAGUAUUUCACCACUUUGGUAUUUGGGCUAAAUUCACUGAAUCUUCAAAAAAAGGAGCUAAAUAUCUUAUUCAAAACGAUAAAACAUCCAAUAUUAAAGGUAAAAUCAGGCAUUAUUUGUUUCCUUCUGAAUUAGGUAUGUCUUCCAAUUUUUAA